UCUAGUUGACCUAUAAAAUGACAUUAUGGUAUUAAAGACUAUAUAGUCAUUCACAAAGUUUGUGAUGUGAUAAGAGUUGCAAAAAUAUAUAAAUAUAUUGUCUAGAGAAUGGAAGGCAUUCAUAUGAUUCAUAUCGAUAUACCAGUUCUACGCAUCAGUUCGAAAGUAUCGAAUAUUCAAAUCCAAGAAUCGGAACUCCAGCGUCGAGUUAAAAAUGUACUGAGAAAAUCUAGAGGAUUCUCGCAAAUUUCUUUACAACAUUAUAGACCAAAAAUAGGUUAUCCAUUGCAACUAGGUGUAUUAAAAAAAGAAGAAAAUCAGCUACCUUACAUGCGAUAUAUAAAAGAACAAGAUAAAAAUACAAGCAAACAUUAUUUGAAUGUUUCUUUACAGCAAAAAUAUAAAAUUGCUCUCAAUCAAUUAAGAUACAGACUCUAUACUGAAGAUCCACCUGAUGAUGUCAAGGCACUGACUGAUAUUGAUAAAGAUUUUUUCAAUUACGUCAAUGGCCGACCUGUUUCCGAUCGUGUUUCACUAUAUAAAUCUUUGAAAGCGAUUAUUAAUAACAUUAUGAUAACAAAACUAGAGAUUGGCUUUAGGCGUGAAUGUAUGUUGAACAUUGAAAAAAGUCGUGAAAAUGAAAUGAAGAUUUAUGAGAAAAGCCUUAACAUGUUUACAAAACAAACGAAAUAUUUAGAAAAUUUCAUAUCCGAGGACUACAAAAAGUCCCUUGCACUACUGGAUAAAUGUGACGAUUUACAUCAUGAAGUCAAUUUGAAGAGAGCAGAAUUAAAGUUAUUAGCCGAUCAUCAAUGCGCAAUAGUUUCGAGUUUAUUACGGUUAGAUUAUAUGUAUUAUAUUAAGCAAACCUAUGGAAGAUUUCUUUAUUAUUUGUCUCCUCCGAGUUGGCGUGCAUGUAAUCGAAAUUUUGCCCAAUCAAUGGAAAUAGAAUUAAAGGGUUUUGAUCUAGGAGCCGGUGGAGUGAAAACAUUUACUGAUAUAUUCGACAAAAUGCAAAAAGAGUGCUUUAGUGAUCUUGUCAGCCCAGCUUUAUAUUUCACUAGCCCAAAUCAGUUGAUACAGCUGUUUGAGUUUAUUGGAAAUCAACAGUUGAGUUGUUUGGUUGACAUAGAGUUCUUAGCUCCACUUAUCAAACAAGCUAAAGACGAUGCCAAGUUUCUAGAAGAAAUUAUCGUACAAGAAAGUGCCUCUCUCUUAGGCACUAUUAAGUCUAUGAAAACUUUACUAGAAGAAAGUGAGAAAAAAUGUUUACUUUUAGAGAAUAAGUUUUAUAAAAUAGCAAACGGCCUAUUCUACGAGAGUACUGGUGCUCCAGAAGUUAUUAAACUUACUUUACAUUUAGAAUUCGUAUAUGAAGUAUUGUUUUCAGAGAAGCCAAUGAAUGUAGACAUUGUUACUAUGGCGAAGAGUUUGGAAUCGUUUCAUUUGCAUUAUUGCGAUCGUUUAGAUUCAUUACUACAUGUUAAUAUUAAAGACGCCGUAAGGCAAGCUGUGGACAUUGAACAUAUGAAGAUAAAGAGAGCUAAAAAAGCAAGACGAGACUUAUGUGUUUUUGACACAUUGAAGAAAAAGUUGCUCAGAGCAUUUGAGCCGCCGGCACAGCGUAAAUGUAGUAAUUUUAAAGAAGUUUUUAAGACAGAUAAAGACGGAGAGCAAGUAAUGGUUGCUAAUUUAAAUAAGCAAACCAGGUCUAAGAAGCCAAUGAAAAAUUGUACUGCAAAAGCCCCUUUGACUGCAACUGAACUGGAAUAUUUGACAAUAUUUACCAAUUGGUGCCCUGAUGAAGAUCCAGCCAAGUAUCUGCAUACAGAUAUUGAGUGAAAAAUUAAUUCAUUUAUUAUUUUAAUGGCCAAACAAUAAUAAAUUUAAUAUUUUAUCUACAUUGAUGAUAAAUUCGUAACAACUAACUAUUUAAGUUUGGUAAUGUAUAGCAUAACCAAAUUAUGUACUUAUAGUAUAGAGAAGAUGA